AUGGUCGGGCUCCUCCGUGUCCUCAAGGACAUCGCUCGCACCCCCGGUCCUUGGGACGGGGCUUCCGUUUCCUUUUCAUUCAGUUCAACUACUGUUGACGAACUGAAUGGCUCCCUUCCUAUCGAGGCUGUAAAGUGGGAACAGCAAGAGCUCAAGGCCGAGCUCUACCAGAGCCUGUUCGCUGCGUUGGCGGAGCAUGGCGACCUCCCGCCCGGCGAACCUCCUCUUUCCACUGACCCCAUUGAACCAGCCGCGCUUCCAAGCGGCUACUUCUACAGUAACGGCUCCAUCUACAGUCCUUCGAUCUAUAGUGACCAUGACGACAUUGUCGAAGAACACACCAUCGAAGAACACAUUAUCGAAAAGCCCAUUGCUGAAGAACCGCGUUACGCUAAAAAUGUGACUUUCAAGGACUACGCUCAUCUCGUUGAGAAUCUCUGUGGCCUCCCAAUGGAUCAGGCAUCGAGCUCUAUAUCCAUCAAGGACUCUUCCAUCCAGGAUAUCUCUAUCCACGAGACGGUUUCUAUCAAGGAAACUACUUCUGUCAAAGAUAGUAUUUCUAUCAAGGACGGUGCUUCUGCUGUCCAGUCAAGCACCGCUGCCCCUCGUCGUGGUCUCUUCCGUUUCAUUCGCGAGAAGAGCGCCCGUGCUAUCAAUGCAGUCAAGACUGCAAUCUGUCCACGCCGUGACAAACCGUACGAUGACUGGCCGAUCAGCGACGCGACCAAGUCAACUAUUCAGCCAAGAAAGGCAAGCGACGCAACAGCCUCGUCUGAAGAAACCAAGGGUAGCGCUGCUACCGUUCAUCAUUGGUCUUCUAAGCAUGUCAAACACCCUAUCCAAACAACUUCUUCGAGUGAAAGCCUCAGCCACCCUCAACCCUCUUUCAUCUUUGUACCCACUAAUUAUGCGCCUCCUGUCAUAUCUUGUCUGCCUGAAUACGGUCUACCUCAUCGCCUCUUUUCUGAUCUUGGUUUACAAGGCCGUCAAAAGACUGCCUUCAUCGCUUACAAUGAUCUAGCUCGCGAAUAUGGCUUCUAUAUCUUGUGUCCACCUGAGUAUGAUCCAAUCAACUUCCAAAUGUUUAUUCGCCUUCGGCCCUCAAGGAGAGAAUUAGUUCUUCGCAAGGUGCGGAGUCUCGGUACACAUCUUCGUCCCUGUUCCCCCAACCGUCGUGUGCAGAAUCUACGGCACAUGAGAACAUUCGCCAAUUUAUCCUUGAAAUACUACAAAAUGGACUCUCUCAAAGGCAAGGAUCUUGUAACCAUGGGCCGCUUGUGCGGUUAUGGCUCUCUUAAGUUACCCGGUGACUUUGCCCCUGCUGUAAUGCGACUUCCUGCUCCGAUUGUCUCACUUGUUUCUUAUUUGGUGACCCAUGGCCCAAAAGCACGAAACAUCUUCGAGGAACCCGGCGACAUUGUUGUCGCAGCUCGUAUAUAUGACCACCUUGCAAACCGGAUUCUUGUCCAUGAGGAUGAGACUACUGCUACUGAUAACAUUACUGUUAGAAGGAGUCUCAACUUCUCAUCUGAAGUUUUUGGAGUCCAUUCUGACGAUGAAGACUUCUUGCGUGGACGCUUCCACGUCCUAGCUGUUGCAUGGGCCUUCAAAUAUCUCCUAAUGGGUAUCCCCGGUGGUAUACUGGGUGCGCCCCGUCUGUAUAGCACACUUAUUGAUAUCUCACACCAAACAUUCCCCGACGAGGCCAAUGUCCUAGAACGUGGCUUGAAUGGAGCUUUGCCGGAAGUCUCUCCGACCAAAGCUCGUGCUAUUUCUUUAGCAAUCCUCGCUCUUACGAACGACAUACAGCUCGAUUUUAUCUGUGCUAUAUUCGGUCUUUGUUCUUUUCUCGAUCACGAAACUAGAACAAUGCUCGACUUUUAUCGAUUAAAAAAUUUACCGCCCGUCAAUCGGGCUUGUUUAUUGAAUCGCAAACGAAUCCUUCUGACCUUCACUCCUCUACUUUGUGAAGAGACCAAGGACAUUACCGAUGAUGACUAUGGCUGUGAAGCUUUUUGGGUCAUGUCGAUGAUGCUGGAUUAUUGGCGUGUGGUGAGCCACCAGUUGCGUGAUGCCGAUGUGUGA